ACCCUUGUGACUGUGUUGUCAGGCGAUUCUAGCCUUCCUAAGUCGCUUGCCGGACCCUGAGGUGAUUGGAGUAUUACUAGUAGGGACCUUGUGGGGCCAGUGAAGGAGUUCGGCUUGGGGUGACUCAUGAGAGUGUUGGGGCUUCCUGGUGUCUCUGCAGAGCUCCUUGGUCUGGCCACAUCGUGAGGCUGCAGAAUCUCUUUUCACAGCCCAGCCUACCUCUCCUCAGUUGCCUUGGUUGGAGCCUCCAGACUCUUUUCCAGCUUUUGGGAAAGUGGAGUCAUUCGCAAGACAGACCGAGAGUAGAAGCCCAGAGAGGACAUGCCUGCUGGUGGGAGUUUAUCCCAGAGGCCCCAGGUUCUGGGUCCAGAGGAGGAAAGCCUGUGUGAGAAUUCCGUGUCAUUUGAGGAUGUGGCUGUGGACUUUAGCAGGGAGGAGUGGCAGCAAUUGGACCCUGCCCAGAGACACCUGUACCAGGAUGUGAUGCUGGAGAUCUACAACCACCUCUUCUCAGUGGGGUGUCAUAUUCCCAGCCCAGAAGUCAUCUUCAGAAUAGUAAAAGGACAGGAACUAUGGAUGGAGCGGGCUGAACUCCCACCUCAGAAGGAUCAUGAAGGGAAGUUUGUGCUCAUAACCCCACAACAGGAAAUUCCUGAGAAAGCUUCUAUGGUGGGUGAGGUCACAAGAGAUGGUUCCAUUAUAGAAGAACUGUGGUGGGAAGCUGACCAAACAAAGAGAGAUCAGCAAAAUCAAACUCCACUCACAUGUCAUGGUGGUGUCUUCAACAAGAAAACAUUGAACACAGAGAGAAAUCAUGAAGAUAAGGACUCUGGGAAAAUCAUUCACAUAAGGCCCCACCUUCUUCCUUCACAAAGAUCUCAGAAAUGUUGCUCAUUUGCAAAAAGUUUGAAGCCUAACCCAAAAGUAAAUGGUCAGAAUGAAAGUAGUGCUACAGCACAACUUGAUGACAUUGUUGAGUGUGAUCAGCUAUUCACCCAGACCUCUUACAUGGCUUAUAGCAAGAAUAUUCAUACAGGAGAGAAAUUCUGCAAAGAUAAUCAAUGUAGAAAAAUUUGUGGCCAUAAACAGUCACUCACACAACACCAAAUUGAUGCUCAGGAGAAGCGCAGUGAGUCUACUGAAUGUACCCAGAUAUCACACCUCCUCAUCCAGCAGGGGAUUCAUAAUGUAAAAAGCAUUCAUGAAUGCAGCAAAUGUGGAAAAGCUAUCACCCUACAACAAAAACUCAGUGUGUAUCUAACAGAACAUACAGAUAAUGUACCCUAUGUAUGUAAGGAAUGUGGGAAGGUCUUUAUACAGAAAUCAGAAUUAAUUACACACCAGAAAGCUCACACCAGAAAGAAGCCCUAUAAAUGCCAUGAAUGUGGAAAAGCAUUUUUCCAGGUGUUAUCUCUCUUUAGACAUCAGAAAACUCACAGUAGAGAAAAACUCUAUGAAUGCAGUAAAUGUGGGAAAGGCUUUGCCCAGAACUCGACCCUCACCAUACAUCAGAAAAUUCAUACAGGUGAGAGACAGUAUGCAUGCAGUGAAUGUGGUAAAGCCUUCACCCAGAAGUCAACACUCAGUUUGCACCAGAAGAUCCACUCAGGGCAGAAGGCCUAUUUGUGUAUUGAAUGUGGGCAGGCCUUCAUCCAGAAGGCACACCUGGUUGUACAUCAAAGAAGUCACACUGGAGAGAAGCCUUACCACUGCCACAGCUGUGGGAAAUCCUUCAUUUCCAAGUCACAGCUUGACAUACAUCAUCGAAUUCAUACAGGGGAGAAACCUUAUGAAUGCAGUGACUGUGGAAAAACCUUCACCCAAAAGUCACACCUCAAUAUACACCAGAAAAUUCAUACUGGUGAAAGACACCAUGUAUGCAGUGAAUGUGGGAAAGCCUUCAACCAGAAGUCAAUACUUAGCAUGCAUCAGAGAAUUCACUCUGGAGAGAAGCCUUACAAAUGCAGUGAAUGUGGGAAAGCCUUCACUUCUAAGUCUCAAUUCAAAGAGCAUCAGCGAAUUCACACAGGUGAGAAACCCUAUGUAUGCACUGAAUGUGGAAAGGCCUUCAACGGCAGGUCAAAUUUCCAUAAACAUCAGAUAAUUCACACUAGAGAGAGACCCUUUGUCUGCUACAAAUGUGGGCACGCUUUCAUCCAGAAAUCAGAGUUGAUCACCCAUCAAAAAACUCACAUUGGAGAGAAACCUUAUGAAUGCCAUGACUGUGGAAAAUCAUUCAGUAAGAAACCACAGCUCAAGGUGCACCAGCGAAUUCACACAGGAGAGAGACCUUAUGUGUGUUCUCAAUGUGGGAAGGCCUUCAACAACAGGUCAAAUUUCAAUAAACACCAAACAACUCACACCAGAGACAAAACUUAAACUGUAGUUAUUCUGUGAAAGGCUUUACCAAGAAAUCAAUUCCUAGUGCAUCAGCAUAUUCAUAAAUGAAAUAUACUCCCUGAGUCUCUAAUUGUCUGUGAUAGAUUAGUGCUUCAGAAAAACUUUAGGGAUACUUUGCAUGUGUUAAACACAUCAUGAAGUCACACAUUAUCUUAUAUAAGGGAAAUUACUCAGAAAAGAACUUUUAAGAAUAGGAAAUAUCCUUAUUUGUACUUGCCUCAUCAAGGAUUUCAUCCAGGGAAGAAAUCCUGACUACUGCAUUGAGAAAAACCGUUCUGUAGGAAAUAGUACAGGACAGAUUACUACCAGACUAUUUAUAGGAAAGUCUUGUUUACUGUGGGAUUUCAAUAUUUUUAAGUGCCAGCAAAGUAAUGAUAGGACAAUAUUAUGUACAUACACGGUUGUCUUAUGUAUACACAUACUCUAUUGAA